AUGAAAUUAAACGAUGUGGUCGGAGUACCAGUACCGCAUCCCGUAGGAGUACCAGUGCCGCAAAUCAUCAAAGUACCGGUGCCGCAGCCGUACGCUGUCCACGUACCGGUACCCCAUCCCAUAGCGGUACCCAUCUACAAGCUGGUACCGCAGGAAAUCGAGAAGAAGGUGCCCAUCACCGUAGAAAAGCUGGUACCCGUGUACGUGGACAAGCCGUACAAGAUCGUCAUCGAGAAACACCAUCCCGUGUACGUGGACAAGCCUUACCCCGUACACGUGCCGGUGUACAAGCACGUACGAACUAGACAAGCCCAGUCAGCACAUCCUUUCGUCGUCAACCUCGAAAGAUGUCGAACAGCACUUUAUCAAGACUCCUUCAUCCAUAGAACGGCUAGGCUCUGGAAUUCAUUGCCUGUGGAAAUUGGAUUCAUGCCCGGCGUGCAUUCUCGUGCCAUGCUAAUUCGCAGCAAUUUGCCGCCGAACUGGGGUAAUUUGAAUUUUUACGAUUGGUCUAGACGAUAUUAUUGUCGAAACGUUGUUUUUUGUGUCGAGAAAAAGUUCGAAGUAGUUGAUAUCGUAAUUACUGGAGUUUCGCCUGAUUUACGUUGA